AUGGAUAACAUCAGUGUUGACGAGGUAGACCCGAAACCUAAACGACCAAUUCUACGGCGUGAGGGUUCAGCAGCGGCUCCCCCUCCGCCUCCCUCACAACCACCACCAGCUCCACCAUCACAACCAGAUCCCACAGACUCUCUAAGCCUUCCACAAUUAAGGCAGCUGGUGGGGCAAUUUCCAAAAGUCGAACAAACUCCCUACGCUUUCCACUAUCAGGAUGCUGAGGACUUUGAGCGCGAGAUUGAUCAGUGGUUUCAUUACACCGAACUUGAGCAGGACCGACAGUAUCUAUUAGCGUCCCUUGAAGCAUUCGAGCAGAGGUGGAAAAUAUUCUGCCAAUCAGAAUCGAUUUCCGACGACUCAAAAUGGAUUGCUGUUGGUCAAGACCAGCGACGGAAGUUCGUCUCGGGUCUUGUCAGUGAUCUGGACGAUGAGGAUUACGAUCUACGCAUCGAGGCGCUGUGCUGCAUCUAUUAUAUAUUGAUGGGGGCGUGGAGCAACACCUCUGGACUGGAGACGAAAGAGAUUGCUGCCGAUGAAGAGUCCCUCUCUCAGUCCGGGGACGAUCGGUGUAAUGUGGCGCAGGUCCAAUGGAUGCAUAAUGGUGCCGACAUAAUGGAACAGUGCUCGGUUAUUCCCCAGCUUUACAGUUGCUUGAUCCAGGCGUCAAAGGCUCCAGACCUGGCCCACCAUCCUCAAGCCGCCCAAGGUGAAGAACCAACCGAGGGAGCGUUCGGAGAGAACGAGUACCGAGAGCUCAGUUUAUGUCUUUCUUGCUUGUAUAUUUUGAUCGAGUCUUCCCGGGUUCGCAUUGAGACAGCCGCUGGACAGGCCCUACGACAUUCGAUCUCAGUCUUACAACCCAACUUCCUAGUCUUUCUUGUGGGCAUGAUUUCACGUUUACGAUGGGACGAACUGUACAAUAUACCCCUGAUGCAUGCGUUGCAGCUGUUCUGGAAGUCGAUUCUACUCUUGUUUGGGGACGUCUCGGGCCAUCUGGAAAAAGUCAAAAGCAUAUUGCAACCCCGUGCGGAUCCAUUCUCUGCAGAAGCCGCUCACCCUGUUCUUACAGCAUCCCCAUUAGACUAUCACCUUUUCCGACAGGAAAUCACCUCGAAAUACCCGGCAUAUAACCCCCCACCGCCUAUAAUACCCUUGGAGAUUGAGCAGAAGACUAUGUUGCCCUCACUAUCGACCCAGUCUCGGGGUGAUAUCCCAGGUUUUGCGGGAGGUGGCAUGAGUGGUGCAGCAACCCGAGGAUCAAUCCUCCAUCAACCAGUGCACAUCGCCACUCCCGCUCCUUCACCUCCUCCAUCACCUAUUGGUCCUGGUGGAAAGGCUGGUAAGAAACAGAACUAUCAGACCAACCAGAACUUUCCAUUCCUUUACCCACCACUGGAUAGCACCAGCGACAAUAUCGGCGGAAAAGGUUCGACGAGCGUUCAGGAUAUGAUGGUGGGUAAGAAGUGGGAAGGCAGUGACGUCCCUCUCUCUAUUAUCGAGGCAGGAGAAUUGUUCGCAAGUCGUAUGAGGAUGACACGUGCAAUGCGCCAGCUUUGGAGAGAGCGAGAUUUAUUUAUGAAGUUUGAAAGAGGGUGGAAAGGGCAAACGAAGGAUGAUUCCACAGAGGACCAAGCUGAAAAAAAUGAGGAGGAGAAGGAGCUCGAGACCCUCGAAGACCCAGACCUACGUUCCCGUAUGUUGGCAGUGGACGAUUUCUUCCACCAUGCUCUUCCGGAUCUGCAAUCUCUGGUCAUUGUGAUGAUGAAAGUGAUGCUCACCAAUGUGCAAGAUAUUGCUAUUCGGAAUGGGGGUGUCCAGGAGCCGGGCCAAAUCGGAGCCCUGAACCGCACGAAGUCGAACUCUAACAUGGUCCAGAACCAGACGCUACCGAUGCCACCACCGCCGCCUCGUCCCAAUGAAAUAACUCUAGAAGAUCUGGAUAAUAUCCGCUCUCGAGAGAUCAGUCAACAGGCAGUAUCUGGCGCCUUGUUCCUCCUGUUAAAGUGGUUCAAGGUGUCUCAUAUCUUGAAGUUCGAGUAUAUGACCCAGCUCCUCCUGGACUCUAACUACGUGCAGCUUACGCUCAAAUACUUUGCGCAUCAAAACCUGGAGGAUCUCGUGGCUUUCAGAUACGACAGGGAUGAUCUGAGCGUUUGGCACUAUUGUCAUGUUCACUCAGACCAUCCGCCAUUGUCACCCACGAGCCCAGACGAAAGAUCAGAAGCUUCAGAUGGGGAUGAAGCCGUUCCACCACCUAUUUCGCGCCACAGGAGGUCACCGACAACGCAAUCCGAGCCCCAAGCCCCUAUCGACCCAAAUAAUCCACAACAACAGACGCAACCAGGUUCAGAUGCCGACACCCACCCCUCAGUCGAUGAGCUUGGGAACCCGCUUGGUCCUCUCCCAACAAGCCCGAUUACCACCUACUCGUUUCGGCAAUUCCAGACCUCCAUCCAUCUUCUUCGCGUCCUGCAAAAGCUGACACGAGGAAAAUCUCACCGCAUCCUGUUUCUCGUUCAGUUCAAGUCCUCCCAAAUCUUGCGCCGAGUACUACGUGUCCCGGACUCGACCUUGCGGUUAUAUGUACUCAAGCUGUUCAAAUCACAAGUGCCCUACUGUGGCCGAAAAUGGCGGCAAAGCAACAUGCGUGUUAUUACGGCGAUCUACUUGCACUGCAGGCCAGAGCUGAGGGAUGAUUGGUUGGCAGGCAUGCACGACGCAAACGUUGAGGGCGAGGUCGAUGAGGCAGUGCCGCUCGAGUGGGCGCUCAGGGGGUUAACCUUCUGGUGGCAGAAAAGGAGAUAUCCCGACGUGACAAGGAAAGGGAAGAAAGGCUCGGAACCAACAGUUAAGGGUGAUGUCGACGAGAACGAAGUUCGACUGGACGACAUUGACGAUGACGAACGCGAUUUCUUUCAACGGGAACUGGAUGCCCUUGGAUGGGGCCUCGCAGGGUUGCGCAUAGCUGAUGGUUCGGAAGAUGUUGUCUUUGGUGAAGAGGCUGCCGGUGUCAAUGGAGCGUAUCCCAUGGCUAAUGGCGAGACCAACAACUUCAAUGCUGGUGUGACAACAUCGGGCAGCACGGGACAACCCGCAGGCAUGGGUACGGGAACACCUCUGACUCCAGUACCCCAGCCGCAAUGGGUUGUUGCAGACGCAGCCACGCUGGAGAAUUGGCAAAAUAGUUAG